AUGGCGAACGCGAACGAAACAGAAGCCGUACCGUGCGUUGGAGGCUGUGGACUCUUCGGGACGCGAAAGAACAAUAAUCUCUGCUCCCUUUGCUACAAAAAGAGUGUUUUUGAACACAGGCUGCUUGAACAAUUGGCCAAUCUCAAACUUGACCUCAAGCCUGAGCCAUCAACAGUUCCUCCGACAAGUCCAAUAGUAGCCGUACAAGAACCAGUUAGAAAACAGAGAUGCGAAACGUGUCAUAGGAAAGUAGGGGUGACCGGAUUUAGCUGCAGAUGCGGACACAUCUUUUGUGGGUCACAUCGAUAUCCUGAGGAACAUUCUUGUCCUUUUGAUUACAAACAGUCUGGACGACUCACGUUGGCCAAGCAGUUGCCGUUGAGUAGAGCCGAGAAGUUGCAUAGGUUUUAG